AAUUCAAGUAGUGUUGAAAAUGCGCGCGUGAAUUGUUGUCUGGAGAUGUCAACAUUUACAGAAUUGUUGCAAGAGAAACUUCAGAAUUGUGUAAUAAAUGAAGCAAAAAAAACGAUUUAUGGUUAUGUGGACACAGAAGAAACAUAUGCUACUCUUCAUGAUGCAUUGAAAAACUUAGGAUAUUCAUAUUGUAUUCGGAGCAGUGUAAUGUAUGGAACAAAUGAUUGUAAAAGGUUGUAUUUCCAAUACCUACCUGAGAUCGAUUUCUUUGGUUCGCCAUUUACAAUUGAAAAAUCGAUCAAUAUGCAGUGCUCCAGGGGCCCAAAGUAUCGGUCAUCCAAACAACAUUUUGAUCGAUUGCCUGAUGAUCCAAAACCAAAAAGGAAGAGAAAUGCAACUUCAAAAAAACUUGACUGCCCAGCUGUAAUAAUUGUUAGACGUGUCAGAGUGUACCCUGAAUUAUCUUCCACAGGUUCUAAAAGGGAUAAAUGUGGUGUGAUACGGAAGCUCAAAGUAGCACUGAAAGAAAAGUCUUCAUUAGUCAGCUUCCUUCGCUUCUACAUAAAAGCUAGUUCUGGAGAUACUCAUAACCAUCCCAUAACAACAAAAGCCAAUUGUCAGAAGAGUCAAAAACAUUCCUCAACAACAAUCUCACGGUGCUGCAAGCAAAAAAUUCAUCCAGAGCUUGUGACCGAAAUUAAAAAACUAGUAGAACAAGGGAUCACGGCUACAAGGGAUGUGAAAUUGCUACUCGAUCAGUAUGUGCAAACAAAAUUUUCUGGUGACAAUGUGCCAAGGAAGCCUAGUAAAGCAUUUUCCCCAGAAGAAUAUGUAAUUAAUGCACAUGUGUACAGUGUUAUAUUUUCAAAGAAAAGAGAUCAAAUUGAUCAGGAAGCAUUGCAGCAAACCAUCAAUGAAUGGAAAAAUCAAUAUAGUGAUGACCUUUUUUUUUAUCGGCCUUAUGAAUUUAUGCCUAAUGGGGAUGUGCCAACUUUAUUGUUUUGUCAUCAAACAAAGUGGCAACAGAAGUUGCUUUUGCGGUAUGGUAGAAUGUGUCUACUAGAUGCUGCCUACAAAACCAUGAACUAUGGUUUGCCACUGUUCUUUUUAGCAGUAAAGACCAAUGUGGGCUACAGUGUUGUUGGUACUUUUGUUGUGCAGUCUGAAAGCACAACAUUAAUAAAAGAAGCUUUAAACAUAUUCAAAGAAUGGCUUCCUGAAUGGCAACCAGAAUUUUGGGUAACUGAUUCCAAUGAUAUUGAAAUAAUUGCAGUUGAAACCACCUUCCAUGGAAGCACAGUAUAUUUAGAUGCAUUUCACAGAGAGCAAGCCUGGUUAAGUUGGGUAAGAGAGAGUGGUAACGUAACACCUGGUGAUGAAGAAAAGAUUUUAAGUAUGUGGCGCACUAUAGCAGCUUCAACAGAUGAGAGUGAGAUUGACUCCAAUGUUGAAAAAAUGAACACCAGUAACAUCAUACAACAAAAUCCACACAUAUACCACUAUUUUGCUACAAUUUGGCUACCUGAAGCGCACAGGUGGGUACAGGCCUUGAUUGACAAAGAAUUUGAUAGAAUUGUUCAUAUAAGUAAUGGUUUUGAAAGUCAAAAUGAAGAUCUAGAGCAUUUUUAUUUGUGUUACAAUGUUGAAAAAUCCCUCACUGCAAUGCUCAAAACCAUUAUAAACAGCUAUUUGCCAGAUGGAUACAGAAAAUAUUGCUUGAAUAAUUCUUCUUUCAAUGUAUUAUAUUCAGAUGUACCAUCAUAUCUGAUAAACCGACCACAGCACUUUGUAAAACAUGUUCUGAAAAGAAUAAUUGCUGCUCACUCUGACUUCUGCAAGGACUCCAUUACAGAAGUUUCAGAGGGCAUUUUUGCCGUUCAGAGUUCCACAGAUAAAACAAAAUUUUACUGUGUUGAUUUUAAUGCUGCUACCUGCAAUUGCACUGACUUCAUGACUUUUAGAUAUCCUUGCAAACACAUGUGUGCAAUAUUUGAAUUUUUACCGGCUUGGAGUUUUCUUCGCCUGAACUCUCUGUAUACAAACAGUCCAUACAUCACAAUUGAUUUAGAUAAUGACUACACUGUGACAGGAGUUGUAAAUACUUCUUCACCAGUAGCCCAGACCUCAAAAAAUGAUUGGACAGAUAAAACUCAACCAACCUGUGACAUGACUGAAGAACACGGCGUAGAAACUAGUCAACCAACAACUGCGGACACCUACAACCUUAAUGAAGAACAUACUGUAGAAUUUGUAACCGUCCAUCCAUCAUCAACUGUGGACAGCUGUGACCUGACUGAAGAGUACACAGUGGAAAUUGCAACCAGUCAACCAUCAUCAACUUGUGGCAUCUUAUUAGCACAGCAAAAUUUUCGAAAUACAUACAAAAGUUUAAUUGAUCUUUCAUAUGUCUGUAGUGAUGAACAGUUUUUGAUUGAAAAAACAACACUUCUACUUGAAAUACAUAAACAGAUGCAGGAAAAAACAAAAAGUUGCUCCAGGUUACCUCUCCAAAACUAAAUUUCCCCACAAACUUCACAAACAGCAUUUAAAAAAUUCCAGGCAAAGUUCAAGGUGCUGCCUUAGCAUAGAAACUGCACCAUGAUGAUAUAAAUUUAUCGUAGGCGAUGCAUCACUGGCCAUAAUGUUCUGUAGAGGCACAGAAAGAUCCAUAAUUAAUGGCUGUCUCCACUGAUGCUUGCACAUGUGAGAUAAAGUGCCAUCAUUAGCUCUGUGUGUCUGCACCAGUGUCAUGUACAGGUAUGGGCAUGUGGGCCAUUGCAACUGCACAGGAGGGCAAUAGUACCUAAGUGCUUGUGCCUCACAUAGCUGUAACAUUGUGAUAGUGCAGUAAAGUGGUAAGUGGUAAUAAUUCAUCAAAUGGAUAGAGCCCUAUGGUUGUUGACCAGUAAAGUGUCUUGCCAGAAAGACAAGAUUUUUAUGUUUUUAUUUCCAGGCCAAUUUUUAUUUGAAAAAUGGAGAUUUCUGUGUUUUUUCUCUCGAUAAUUCUGUUUACUUAUAAUUUUAGUUAAUUUUGGAUAAAAAUUGCAUUAUAAAGUUUCAAUAUACUUAUUUUACUAAAUAAUGUAAUGUUGACUGUGAUACAUAACACAUUUUUAUCAUACAAUAUUAAGGACAGAUUUAAAAGCAUCAAUGAAAAUAAAUCAACAUGCAUUAGUGUAUUUAAUAAAGUACUGAUGUCAGCAAUUUAAAAAUGAGUUAAUAAAAGAUGCAAGAUAAUGAAAAAUAGAAAAAACAGUUUUUUUAAUAUAUUUGGUUUAUACUUUUUUGUGCAAAGUUAAAUAAAUUAUUUUAAUUGAAUGAAACAUAUUAUUUAAUUUUUGGGAUUUGCAUUAAACUUUGUUACACAGUUUUAAUGAAAUGCUUUUCAGAGUUAUUUUAGUUUUAUCACAGUUUACCAUAAAAUCUUGUCCUUACUUAUGGAGCUUUAAAUUUUCCAUCUUAAUGGCGUUGCCCGAGUUUUCUGUUAACAGCUAUGAGAUACCCAACUAUCCUUGUUAAAGCUAAAGAAUGUAUUCUGUUAAUGGUGUUAAUUAACUCUAGCAUAAACUUGUAUAUUUUAUGUUGUCCAUCUCAGUAACAUUAAUCCAUUUGAAGUAACAAAGAAUGUUAAUUUUUUUAGUGCUAGUAUUAUCUUAAGUGGUUUUAUUGAAUUUUUUAUUUUUAAAUUUUGUAUAUACUGUUGACUAUGUAUUGUAAAUUUUGUGUUUAGGGGGAACUAAUUAGUCAUUUUUGUUCCCAACAAAAAAUUUGGUCUUUGUGACCAUGACUGCUGAUGGAUUGUGCUCAUGUUACAAAGUUUAUCCAAUCACUCUCAACACCAGCAUGAUUCAAUUUAUGAGUCUAAAGUUAGUAUUAAAUUAGUUCAGAGUGUACUCUGAUCUCAGAGGUCCUGUCAUCUUAAGCAUGUAUAUGUACUUGGUAGGUAUCUGUUCCAAUAUUUAUUUUACUCACAGUUUACUUAUAAAGAUCGAGUUUUGCUUUUUGCAGGUUCAGAUUACAUAGAAAUAUGUAUCAUGAAAACAUCUGAUGUAAAAAGACAUAAUUGUAUGCAUAGUUAAAAUUUUACAUCUAGCUGCAUAGCACCUGUACAUAAUACUUCCCUCAUUUUUAAAUUUAGUAUGGUAUUGCCGGCACUCUUCCUAAAGCCAUUUCCUUGUGUCAUAGUUUUGGAAUACCAUUUGUUGUUCCCAUAGUAAAAUGGCAACUUUUUUUUUGUAUUUCCCAUCAUGGUAUAAUUGAUAUAAUAUUGUACUUAAAAUAAUUUAAUGAUGAAGUAGGAUCAAGAAAGACCAGCAGGUAGUUGUAGGUUACACAUGGAAACUUUCGGGAAACAAGGAAGCCACAAAUCUCGGUGGAAAUGUCAGUUGGUAGUUUUGAGCUUAGUUUGUUAAUGACAGUGCGUGUUAUUUUUCCUUCUAUGUGUUGGGCUUGCCAUUAUAGGAAAAGGUUUAUUAUUAACUUGGAUUGACAGCCAACACAGUACUUACAUAUUUGCUCUGGGCAAGGCAAAUAUCGUCAUUAGCUCAGGUUUGAUGAGGCUGUAGGCAGCCUGGUAGGAGCUCAUUACUAAAUUUGUAUGUCAACGUGCUGAAAAUCUACCCCAGGGGCUUACUGUUAAUUGUUAAAGCCAGUGAGGCCAUGUGGAAGUGACUCAUUAUGAACCAUCCAAAAGAAAGGCGGAUGUGAUAUUUUGCACGCACGCCAGUGCUAUGGGCAGAUGCAAUCUUGCAGCUUAUCACGCCAUGUCUUGAUUGCAUCGGGUGGGCUUCGAAAGGUGGUGUAAAGUUAAUAUUUCUGUGUUCUCUGCGGCAACUACAUAGGGUUGCUCCAGCGUCCAUAGCAGUACCUGGUCCCUCAUGUUAGGUUAAUAUGCUACAACGUCAAUGCAACUUGUACUUAACAGUACAAGUCUGCUUCUGUGGUCAUGACAAAAGCCCAGGGUUAUACGCACCGUGAAUUCACUUCAUUCCAAAGAGAAAGCCCGAGGUCGAUUGGCUCACGAUGGCUCAGUAGAAGAGGGGAAGGGUUAGGAGGAGCCGGAAGUUGCUUACGGCUGUGCAACUCUAGGAUCUCUGCAAUUACGUGUGGAAGUCCGUAGAGAACUCGGAAUGUAUGCACUGCCAGUGUACCCAUCAACUGUGUCAAAAAAAAAAAGGAGUUUGCUUCUUUAGAGCUUUAUAUUUCAACCUCUUUUUCGUUUUUUUUUUCUCCAGAUGUUUUUCUUACACUUAUUUUGUUUAUUUAUAUCUUUUUCUGUUGGUCUUUUGUCUUCUCCUUGCUGUGCUGGCUAUGCGUUUGUUGGUGUGACUCCCUGUGCGACCAAGUGUUCCUCUGUUUGGGCCUGGAAUUGAAAUAUAAACGGUCCUCAGUGCAGUUUACCUUGUGCAAGUAAUUUUUUUUUGUUGCAAGUGUGACAUAUGUCACUUGUACUUUUUGUUCCAAUGCAUUAGUAAUUUUAUUUUAAUCUCGUGUGAUUUACUUUUUGAGUUUUAAAGUCAUCAAUGUGGACUCUGUAUUAUUAUUAUUUUAUACAAAGUAUUGGAUGUGUGUUCUUGUGUAUGUAUAUUUUUGUCUUGUAUACAGUUAAUUUGUUUAUUGUAAAUAGUUCUAAAUAAUACUGUUGUGCAGGGUU